AUGAUUAGCUUGAAACAAGGCUAUAAGAGGAAUCGCCCUCGUCAGGACGAAUUACAACGUCUACAGAUCCUCCAGUGGAACGCUGGAGGGAUUUCACAGAACAAAAAGAUCCAAGUCCAGAAAAUCCUACAAACCUAUGAUGUAGACAUUUUCACAAUUAUGGAAGCGAAAAUUUCGAAUGACAAACUGAAGUACUACCAAUUCCCAGGUUACACGCUGUACCUUCUACCUAAAUACCGGCAAAUUGCAAAUGGAAUUCUAACUGGAGUAAAAGAAGGCCUCAGAUCGCAUUACGAUCUAAUCAAGAGUAUGGGCUUGACGCAGGACAUAUGCGAAAAAAUCCGAUUAAAUGUUUGGAAAUGUCAAAACCACUUCAAGAUGUAUGCAAUCUAUAAUCCACCCCAGAAUAGUCUUAACUUUGAUCUUCUGAACAUCUCACGCAAAACUGUAGUAUUAGCGACAUCAGUGAGCAUACUCGCGACUUGCUCCUGGCUUCAAGCGACAUCAGUGAGCAUACACGCCGUAUUUCCUCUUGGCUUCAAGCGACAUCAGCGAGCAUACACGCCGCACAUCGACGAUCCUGGUUCUGGUCACAAACCAGUCAUUGCUAGUGCUGGUUCUGGUCACAAACCAGUCAUUGUUAAGAAUGAACUUCACACAAGUCCACUCAACUUCAACCAGCAUCCUGACAAACUUUGCACUGAUUUCACGAAUAUUAUGAUCAGGUGUGCAAAGAAAUCUAUUCCCCGAGGCAAGACUAAACACUAUCGAGUGUCUUGGUCUAAACACCUUGAGGAACUGAAAAGAAAGAGGGACGCCCUUCGCAACACUGCUGGACAAAUGCGCUCACUGGCUCUUGAGACAAUCAAUGUCAACUAUCUUGUAGAUCAAUGGCUCCAAGUCUUCACUGAUGGGUCAUACAUAGAAAACCAAACAAACGUUGGUGUUGCUGUUUAUACCGGGGGAUAUAAUAGAUCCGCUAUUGAAGGAGAAAUAGAGGCCGUUAGGAUAGCACUAUGCCAAUUAUGUUGCCUGGAAACGAAAUUCACCAAAGCGGUGAUACUUUCAGACUCACAGUCAGCAAUAAACUCAAUUGGAAACAGAGAGACACCCAAGACAGCUGAGAUAAAGGAAUGUAGAAAACUCUAUGAGCUGCUGAGAGAGAAAAACAAAACAGUGGUCCUACAAUGGAUUCCUGGUCACUGUGGCAUUAAAGGCAAUGAGCUUGCUGACACACUUGAUAAGAAGGGGGCAACGAUUUUGCAGUUCAUGGACCGGCCGAUGUCUUUCCACACAAUGAAGGCCUUAAUCAGGAGAGAAUUUCAGACCUCAAGGUUUUACGAACUUAAAGCUCGAACAAAGGAGAAGGAGUGGACAGUGGCCCUCUCCGACACAGCCCACUGGCCAAGAAUCGAAGUCGUUACUGAGUUUAGACUACGUACCGGUCACGAUUGCUUGGCAAAACACCUUCACAAACGUACCGGACACGAUUGCUUGGCAAAACACCUUCACAGAGGGGAGUAUACACUCAACCCACAUGCCCUCUAUCCCCCUUUCACAGACUGGGAGUAUACACUCAACCCACAUGCCCUCUGCACAGAUUCGUACCGGACACGAUUGCUUGACAAAACACCUUCACAGAUAGCCGUUGAUGAGUUUAGACUACGUACCGAACACGAUUGCCUAUCAAAACACCUUCACAGAUUGGGAGUAUACACUCAACUCACAUGUACACCUUCACAGAUUGGGAGUAUACACUCAACCCACAUGGACCUUCACAGAUUGGGAACUACGUACUGGACAACCGUUGAUGAGUUUAGACUACGUACCGGUCACGAUUGCUUGGCAAAACACCUUCACAGAUUGGGAGUAUACACUCAACCCACACCCCCUCUAUGGAACCUGCAGGAGGAAUUGGAGAAGACCCACCUGAUUAUUUGUCCAGCCUUAAAGACAAGGACGGAAACCCAGAGAUACUGGGAAGCAAGAAGACAGCUAAUGAACUGCUAUUAA